AUGGCUCAAUCAGUACCACCAGGUGACAUCCAAACCCAACCAGGAACCAAGAUCGUCUUCAACGCUCCAUAUGAUGAUAAGCACACUUAUCACAUCAAAAUCACCAACUCUGGAGGACGCCGUAUCGGAUGGGCUAUCAAGACCACCAACAUGAAGAGACUCGGAGUUGACCCACCAAGUGGAGUUCUUGACCCAAAAGAAAAUGUUCUUAUGGCUGUCUCCUGUGAUGCCUUCGCCUACGGACAAGAAGAUACCAAUAAUGAUCGUAUCACUAUUGAAUGGACCAACACACCAGAUGGUGCUGCCAAGACCUUCAGACGUGAAUGGUUCCAAGGAGAUGGUAUGGUCCGCAGAAAGAACCUCCCAAUCGAGUACAACCCUUGA